AUGACCUCCAAACUCACCCCAAUGAUCUCGCGCUGGCCACCUACCCCGGACGGCUCUGAUGCCCCGCCAUCGAUGGCUAGGAAAGAUGAGUCUGCCAUUGAUGCAGCCGUUCACGUCAUUUCUACAGAGCGCGCAGCCCUUUCACACCUCGAACACCUGUAUCAGACCGACGCGCAGGCGCAAUACGGUCUCAGCCGUGCAGUCGAUCAGAUUGCACGCAGCGUCCGAGACGGCGGCAAAUUGGUAGUAUGUGGGGUUGGUAAAAGUGGAAAGAUCGGCCGCAAGAUCGAGGCGACUAUGACUAGUCUUGGGAUAUACAGUGCCUUUCUCCACCCUACCGAGGCGUUGCAUGGCGACUUAGGGACGCUCGCCAGAACUCUUCUCCCUCCUUCCACAUAUUCCCUCUCUAUACCGGUCAUUGCUAUGACCUCGCAUUUACAACCAUCCGAUUGCCCGUUGCUCUCCUCCCAUGAACCCGCGGGUAAUGGGAUUCUUCUUCCGGCGCCAGUUCACGAAGACGAGGAAUCGUCUCUAGGGGUUAAGGCCCCGACUUCUUCCACGGCGGUAGCACUGUGUCUGGGUGACGCGCUAGCUAUUGCGAUAGCCCGAAAUCUUCAUACGGAGCCUGGAAGAGGACCAGCAGAAGUAUUUCGGGGCUAUCAUCCUGGGGGUGCCAUCGGAGCUGCCGCAUUACAAACCAGGACCCCUUCCACAACUCCACCGAGCAGCAUUUUUAAUACAUUCGACUCUCCCUCCUCCUUCGUAUCACUUAAAUGGGACGACAUUGCAGGAGGCGCACCCAUCCCACCCUUCACACUUCAGCAGCCACCCAGCACCCAACGAAUUCCUUUAGAUACCAUGGUAUCUUUAGACAGCAUACCAACCGUCUCAGCACAAUCUGUGGAUCAGGUCACAUUACUUGACAUUCUCAUGACUGCUAUUCAACAUCCAAAUGCGAAAUCAUGGGUGUUUCUUUCGUCGACCGUGCUUAUUCCCCAAGAAGGAUUCGGUCGCUUCUUUCUCAAAAUACAAAUGUCGAUAUGA